AUGAGGACCCUGGCCCUGACUCUGACCGUCGCCCUCGGCCUGACCUCGGCCCUGCAGGCCCGGGACAACCUGUCCUUCCAGGGGCCGGAUGUUUUGGGGAAGUGGUUCAUCACGGCCAUCGUGGAGACCGAGGGCCUCACAGGGGACAGGGUGUUCCCCAUCACGUUCUCCGUCCUGAGCGACACCCACGUGUGGGCCUCCACGACACUCAGGACCCGGGGCUUCUGCUACGACGUGGACGUCGUCCUGGAGAAGACCAGCGGGUCCGGCACUUACACCGCCUCGAGGGGCAAGACCCACGUGGAAGUGGAGGAGCUGCCUGCAAAGGACCACCUCAUGUUUUACUGUGAAGGGCCGUUCGAGGCGGGAAGGUUCAGAGCAGCCAAGCUCUUGAGUAGGAACCCCGAAGUGAACCCAGAGGCUCUGGAGGCUUUCAAGAAAUUCGCACAGCGCAAGGGCUUGUCUCCGGAGGACAUCUUCACACCUCAGCAGACGGAAAGCUGCAAGCCUGAAAGUGACUAG